AAAAGUUGGAACCACUACUUCCAAUUUUCCGGAAUAGAAAAAGGCAAAGACCACCUUACGCCUGUAUAAAAAUUUUGUUUUCCUUUUCUCUAUCUUCCCUUUGUACAGAAGGAGGAUCGAAUCGUACGAAACCAGGAAUCAAACAAUGAGCUCCAAGGCAUUAUAUCGAUCUAAAUUGAAAGAAGCUGCACUAAAACGGGAUAAACGCAUUGAUUCUGCACUAGUUAGGUACAAUGAAUCUGAUCAACCUGUUUGUCGUGUUUGCGACGUCGUUUUAAAGUCUGAGUCCCAAUGGGCUGCACAUCAAGCUUCUCGUAAACAUCAUGAGGAAAUUAAGAAUAUCAGGGCUACCGCAGCUGCAAAAUCCAUGCCACCGCCAGGGUCUACUCCUAAAACCCGUACUCCAGCAGCCUCUCUGCCAGAAGAUUUUUUUGAUAAGAAUGACCCGAAAAGACAAAAAACUGGGUUGGGUACUGAAUCCCCCCAUUUUAGAGAAGUUGAUACAGAAGGGAGAAGAGAAAUUAAGGCAGCGAAGGGAACUCUUCCUAAAGGUUUUUUUGACAAAAAGGAUGGUGAAACAAGUGGACACGUGGGUUCAGAAGUUAAGCCAUUGAAGAAAGCGCUUCCUGAAAAUUUCUUUGAUAAGGAUGAUGCUGACACAACGAAAGUCUAUCCUGAAAUUGUGCACAGAGGUUCCCACACUGAUGGGUUUUCUCGUAAGACAGAUAAUGUUCAUGCAAAACGAAAAAUGGGCGAUGCAGAUGUGAAGCAAGUUAAGGGAGCUCUGCCCAUGGGCUUUUUUGAUGAUAAGGAAGCUGAUUUACGAGCUCAUGGUAUCCAGCCUGUUAAAGUUGAUCCAGAGGACAAGUUAAAGGAAUUUGAGAAGUCGAUUCAAGAGGACGUGCAUGAAGUGGAUGAACGUAUGGUAGAAGAAGAGAUAGAUGCAGCUGAGAUUAGAGAAGGGGAGGAGUCUUUGGCGCAAAAGGAAUAUAGAGAGAGGGUGGAAAUGUUAAAGAAAAAGCAACUAGAGUUGAAGGCUGCUACGCUUAAUACGCCAAAAGCUUCAGGUGCUGACAAAUCUUCAAGUGAUGAAGACAUUGAUGAGUCAUCAAGUGACUCAGAUGAUGAUGAUGUACUUGAUUGGAGAAAACAAGGGUUUUGAGCUAUGUUUUGGCUCCGUAAGGCAGCAAUGGACUACACCUGACAUCGCAGUUGAUCUACACAUGGAAGCCAUGUUUUCUUUCUUCCUGUAGCUCAUGUUCAAACAAAGAAAUUUGGAUGUAAAAACCCUUAUUAAACCCCACACCAGCAGAUUUGGAACUAUGUAGUACUGGUCCAACAAGAAAUUAGAUGGUUGUACCUAAAAAAGAGAGAAAAAGGAACCGUCUUGUGUUUGUCUGUUUUAAUGUUUUCACGGGUCACGACUGUUAAUAUAGAAACAAUGAUCGUUCGUGAUAACACUUGGACUGUUUUACCAAUGCGCAAAAAUAACAGUAAAAUUCAAGGAAAUUUAAUAAGUUCUCUGCGACAAA